UUCAGUUUUCGCCUCGAACGCGAGAAGGCACGCGAGUUGCCAUCUCCGUUGCCUCCAUGUGCUCAACGUAUGACGCUCGAGCUUUUACAUAACAACAAAUUUUCGCGUCUGUUUAUUGUUGACCGUGUGUUACACAACGCCACCACUUGCACAACCGGCCUUUUCGUGAAUUAUAAAUAAUCAGAGUGAUUCAGGCAAUUUCCCGGAAAAAUUCAGUGCGCAAGUGGCCGGAAAAUCGAUACGUUUUCACGUGCUACAUGCCACGAUGCAGCACCACAACGACAUCCUCCAGAGGUACCCCGAGGUGCUGGUCUCGCUGAGGAGGCCCAAGUGCUGCAGGAGGGUCCUGCGGAGUAAGAAGGGCCGACUCAAAAAGGAGAAAUUGUGCGUGAAGAGGCUGCAAAGCGCGCUUUUCAACGCGAUGGACGCCAGCAGGAAAGUGGAGCUUUUUACCUGCCCUCUCUGCAGGAAUGUGCUCAAAGGACCCGUCACCGUGGAGUGUGGACACACGUUUUGUUAUGGGUGUUUGGCGGAAAAUUGUGACGUUUGUGUGAUUUGUGACACGGAAAUCACCGCCAACAGGUGUGUUAAUGUCCUGGUGCAGGACCUUGUCGACAAAUGGAGAGAUAGGAAUAAAAUUGCAGAUAACUCAAUCCCCAACACGACCGACAUUUUAGGCAUCCAACCACGCUACCAUCUCAGAUCCGGCUUUGCAGGUUUACAAAUCAGCGACGAAAACACGAAAAGUAUUAGAACAAUGCCCAACGUUGUCGAAAAAUCAACCCGAAAAUUCACCAUCGCCAUUCGAAACGCCUUCAAAGAAGCCGAAACGAUCAAAGACACAGCCAUUAAAAACUGCUGGAACACUAUAACAGCCACCGAUUUGGAGUGCAUCCUUUGUAGUCGUUGUAUUUUCGAUCCAAUUACCACAGCUUGCGGUCACACGUUUUGUAAGGGUUGUUUGACCCGAGUUUUAGACCAUGGAUUGUCUUGCCCUCUGUGUAUGGCUUCUUUGAGUCUGAAGGACUAUUCUCGAGGGACGACUGUGGUCUUGGACCAAGCCAUCAGGUUUCUCCUCCCGAAGGAAUACAAUGAACGGCUUUUAAUUGACUUGAAGGAGGCGCAAAUGCUCAAUAGAAAUUCGGAUAUUCCUGUAUUUAUAUGCACCAAUGCUUUCCCCGGAGUCGCUUGCCCUUUGUACGUCUAUGAGCCACGAUAUCGUCUUUUGGUAAGGAGGUGUUUGUUGUCUCCAACACGAAGAUUUGCAAUGGCUGCCAAAGAAGACAGUGGGGAGAAAUUUGUUUCCUAUGGAACGGUUUUAGAAGUGAAAGAUGCUGUUUCUUUGGAAGAUGGGAGUUUUAUUUUGACUACAGUGGGAGUGAGGAGGUUUCGCGUCUUGAGUCGAGGAGAACAGGACGGCUACGACACUGCUAAAAUCCAAGUGAUCAAAGACACCGUUGUCUCCUCCGACAAGCUCCCCGAACUCAUAACCCUCCACCACAAAGUCUACACCAAAGCCUCAAAAUGGAUCACCUCCCUAACCCCCAAAGUCUUGGCCGAAGUGGAACGUCUCAUUGGGAAAAUGCCUCGAGUUGAGAAAAACUGGCUGAGCCUCCCCGAUGGGCCGUCGUGGACGUGGUGGUUGAUGCCUAUCCUGCCUCUUAGUUCUCAAUUACAAGUUGUUUUUCUCAGUACUACCAACUUGGAGAAACGUCUCCGUGCAAUCGACAAAAUGCUCGAAAGGAUGGAAAUCCGGAUGAAAUCCCUGGAACGCAACACUUGUCCUUUAUCAGAGGAUGCGAGCGAUUCAUGCGAUUCGGAGCGAACGAUCGAAAUCCCUCUAAAUAAUUAAAUAAAUUGGCUGUGGAUUGGUCCAAAUGUGAUCGGGGAAACGGAUGGAAAAAUAUACAGAAAAAUUCCCUAUUGACCUAAUGUACAAUCAUUUUUACGUAGGAAAUUUUUUGAAUAUUUACUGUAGAUUGGUAGGAUAAAUUCUGAUUACUGAAUGGUUUACGAAAUGAUAUUUGUGAUAUGUUUCAUAAGCGACCAAAAAUUUAUUUAUUUUUAUAUUGUAUGAUUUUGUAAGAUUUUUUAUUGGUUUUCCUACUGAACUACACUGUCUCGGAGUUUUUUUAAUUUCUUUUACAUUAUUUCGUGUUAGGAAUAAUGUUUUUACGUUUUAAUCGCAUAAUUGUAAUUUAUUUCGGUUUAAUUAAGGAAUAUUUUUAAGUUUACUUGAUAAUAUUUAUUUCAUAAU